CGUUCCCCAUGUCGCAUCCUCUGCCCCGCUCCAUUAAAUUACCUGCCCCUGCAUCUCCCUCUCGCACACGCGCACGCACAGAAAGACGAACACUUUGGCUUUGGAGUUCUCCGACGAACCAAUCCGUAAUGGACGAGCUCAUUAUCUCCCCUUCAUCCUCCUCCUCUUGCUUGCACCAGCCGACGGCCACCGCUCUCCAACACCGCCUGCAGCGCCUCCUCGACGCCCGCCCCGAGUGGUGGGCCUAUGCCAUCUUCUGGCGCGCCUCCCCCGACCACCGCCUCCUCUCCUUCGCCGACGGCCACUUCCGCGGUGCUCGCUCCGUCGCCGACCGUAGGUCCGGCGCCGACGCCGUCGACGACGCCGAGUGGUUCUACGCCGUGUCACUGAGCCGCUCGUUCGUGGUGGCCGGGGACGCCACCGCCGCUGCGGCUGUCCCCGCCCGCGUCUACAGCUCGCUUGCGCCGGUGUGGCUGGCGGGCGCGCAUGCGCUCCAGGCGUGCGGGUGCGACCGCACCCGCGAGGCCCAGCUUCACGGGAUCGAGACGCUGGCCUGCGUCCAGGUACCCGGCGGCGUACUCGAGCUCGGCUCCACGGAUAUCAUCGGGGAGAACUGGGUCGUGAUGCAGCAGGCCAAGGCCGUCUUCUCCACGCUGCCGCACGACGCCGCCCUCGCCACCGGCGCGGCCCCGACGAUCGCUAUCGCCCCGUCGCCUGCGGUGAGGAAGGACGGGGCCGGCCACUCGUCUUCCGUCGACUCGGGCCACUCGGACUCGGGCGGCGGACUGACGGUGGAGCACCGCCGGCCCAAGAAACGGGGGCGGAAGACCGUUAGCGGCACACGCGAGGCGCCCGCGAGCCACGUCGAGGCGGAGCGGCAGCGCCGCGAGAAGCUGAACCACCGCUUCUACGCGCUGCGCUCGGUGGUUCCCAACGUGUCGCGGAUGGACAAGGCGUCGCUGCUGGCGGACGCCGUGGCCUACAUCCAGGAGCUCAAGGCCAAGGUCGACAAGCUGGAGGCGGAAGGCAAGACGGCCAUGAAAGAGAUCACGGUGGAGCAAACCGCCGGUCACAGCGCCGAUGCCGGCGCCGCGACGAGCAGCACCACGACCAGCGCCACCACACUCACCAAGGCGGCAAUGGAGGUUGAGGUGAAGCUGCUGGGUGCAGAGGCGCUGAUAAGGGUGCAGUCGGAGGACCGGGGCCACCCAUCAGCGAGGCUGAUGGCGGCACUGCGCGACCUGGAGCUCCGCGUGCACCACGCGAGCGUGUCCAGCCUGGAGCAGGUGGUGCUGCAGGACGUGGUGGCGAAGGUGCCAACCGAGCUGCAGCGCGAGGACGGCCUCAGGGCUGCCCUCCUCGCCAGGCUUGACGAGCACUGACCUCCUAACGACAUGGUCUUCGUCUCGUCCUUGUUGUGUUUCGUAGCCAGCACGCAUGUCUUUUCCCAUGUCUUGCCCUCUCUACAUGGAACCAAGACCUACUCGGCAUCGAUGCAUCAACUUCCUUCUUCUUC